UGGAGUGAAAACUGAUCACUUUAAACACAGUGAAGCGGGAAACCGCUUCCCUUGUCGAGUGCUGUCAUUGGGCAUAACGUCAGUAGAGCAACCGCCCGCAAUCGCUGUACACUCCGGUGAGAGAAACAGGCGCUACUCAAUCGCCGCCAUGUACAGCGGGUGAGAUGAGGACACAUCCCACACAGUGGAGACCGCCGGCAGUUCGCCUGCCCUAAUUAAACGGAAGAUAAAACCCGGGAGGUGAUGUGCAGUGUCCUGUUGACUACCUUGAACCAGCCUCGUCUCCAAUGUUUGUGCGGUGGUUUGUGCUUCUGCUCUGGGCUCUGUCCGCAGAGGCCGAUUUCCUCCAGCUGGACAGCAUCUCCAAUAUUUCCACUUACUAUUUUAAUUACUUUUAUUGCAACAUAUGGGAGGGGGAGUGCCAGCCCAACCAGGACGAUGGCACACAACAAGUUCCUUCCAGGGACCUCUGGGCAAGUUUUACUCAGGAGUACAUUAGCUUGCUGCAUCAGUGGUACUGUAGCCUGGGCCAGUGCUGUGAAUCUGGAGACUGCAGGAUAACCAACAACAUCACAGGUCUAGCAAAGGACCUUCAGACGAAGCUCCACGGGCAGCACCUGGCUCAGUCUGUGAUUCUGAAGGCUAUUCAGGGUUUUAUCAACAACCCAGAGUCCAACAAGCCGCUCACCCUCUCCUUCCAUGGCUGGUCCGGCACCGGCAAGAACUUUGUGGCCCGGAUGAUCGCUGAUAAUCUGUAUCGUGACGGGGUGAAGAGCGAGUGUGUCCGUCUGUUCAUUGCUCCUUUCCACUUCCCACACGCCAGGCUGGUGGACACGUACAAGGGCCAGCUGAGAGAAGCGAUCCGGGACGUGGUGCUGCGCUGCCCUCAGACUCUCUUCAUUUUCGAUGAGGCUGAGAAGCUUCACCCGGGCCUCAUUGAUGCCAUCAAGCCCUACAUGGAUCACUACGACAACGUAGAUGGGGUCAGCUACCGCAGAGCCAUCUUUCUCUUCCUCAGUAAUAUCGGUGGAACAGCAAUCAAUGAUGUAGCACUGGACUUCUGGCACUCCGGUCAAAAUCGAGAAGAUAUUGGUAUGGAAGACCUGGAGCAUCGGCUACGAACUGAAACUAUGGAGUCCCAAGGUGGGUUUGCUCAGAGCGAGCUGAUGUCCGGCCACCUGAUUGACUUCUUUGUGCCCUUCCUGCCCCUGGAGUACCGCCAUGUUAAGCUUUGUGCACGGGAUGCAUACGCAGCCCGAGGUCUGGAGACAGACGAAGCUACACUGGAUGAGGUGGCCAAGGCGAUGCUAUAUGUCCCCAAAGAGGAGCGACUGUUCUCAGCUCAGGGUUGCAAGUCCGUACCCCAGAGGAUCAACUUCUUUCUUCCCUAGAAGGAGAUACAGCUAGAGAGAGAGAGAGAGAGAGAGAGAGAGAGAGAGACCUGGAGGAGCUGUGUGGUGCUUUCCUAGACCAUCCACAUACAGAGCCGCAGAGGAGAUGUCUUCUCUGCUCUUCUCUAUGUGCUCUCCUCCACCUGGCAGAUACACAUGUGUCUGUCCAGGUUGCUCAGAGAAGGCCGGACACCAAGGCAGAUCCAGAAUUAGAGGGAAAAGCAGCAUGGCCCACCCUGCAGACAUCAGUAGUGUCACAGGAAAUGUGCUCAUGCCAGAUGGUCAUCAUGUACAGUGGGACUGCUCUCCUCCACCUGCCUAGUUUGAAUCCUCACGGUGUCAAAAUGAAGAACUGAAUAAGACUGUGUCAGGGUUGUGCAGUGUAUAUGUCAGACAGAGGUCAUGACAUAUGUGUUUUUAUCAUGUCAUAUUAUUUGUGACUGUUUACCUUGGUUGAAGUCUGAGUUGUUCUCUUGAAGUUCUUAAUUCAUGUGUUGGCACUGCAUGCCCCACAUUGUGUUUGUAUUAGCACUGAUUAUUUAUUAACAUAAUUUAUGCCAAAUUUGAACAUGUUACUGGAUUAUUUUUGUGGAGUAGUUUAAAUGGACUUUUGGUGGUUAUGUAAGCCAUUAACUUGGCUUGUAAUGAAUAUUAAAUGGCGAUGGAAAUGUUACUUGAAACUCACAGAGAACAUAACUCAUUGAAUUUAUUUGAAAAUGAACUUUUUGCGUGAAUUUAACUUUAAUAUGUAAUUAUUCAACUUUGUGGCAUUGUUUAUUCAUUGACUUAAUUUACUUCUCUCAACCAUUCAUUCACUUUCACAGAUCUGUGUUGGUCUGCUUUAGUAAUUUUGUUCUUUAAAGCUCCUUGGGUCACCUUACAAGAAGAAUGUGGAACGACAUGAUGUUAGACAGUGUUUUAAUAAAAUAAAUGCUCACAUUAAAACACAAACUGUUAUUAUUUA